AUGGAGGAGCUACUACUGCCCACUGAACGCGAGGAGACGCGCUCCAACAAUAGCUCAUAUUCUCCAAGAGGAGAAACCAUGUACCAACGUGUCAAUAGAUUUCUCCAUGGGGCUUUUGUUGAUGACUUGAAACAGUGGUUAAGGGGCUACGUGAAGCGCAACGGCUUGCUGACGCUCUCAGUUUUUGCAGUGUUGACGGGCUGUGUCCUGGGGGCAGUGUUAAGAGGGAGCCAUCUCUCUACCCAGGCUAAAAUAUAUUUCUCAUUCCCUGGAGAGCUUCUCAUGAGAAUGCUCAAAAUGCUUAUCCUCCCCCUCAUCACAUCCAGUUUAAUGUCAGGCCUGUCAUCCAUGGAGCCCAAAGCCUGUUGUCGUGUGGGUGUUCUCACUGUGACCUACUACCUGUGGACCACCUUCAUUGCGGUGGUGGUGGGUAUCCUGCUGGUGAUCAUCAUCAAGCCUGGGGUGGGCACUGAGAUGGACAGCAUCAGGCUAGGAGGAGGGCCCGUCAUGACUUCUGCUGAUGCCUUGCUAGAUCUCAUCAGGAAUAUGGUUCCUUCCAAUCUUAUUGAAGCAACAUUUCAGCAGUACAAAACAGAUCUGGUUCCUAUCCUGAAAGUCUCCAGGGUCACAGUGCAGCCCAACUUUGUGUACGCCAUACCUAAUGAAAGUGACCCCAGUGGUCGGACGGUGUCCCUGGAGCUCACUCCACCCCCUGAGAUCCACUACAAGACCAGACCUGGCAACAGCCAACAGAUGAAUGUGCUGGGGAUCGUCAUCUUCUCUGCCACUAUGGGGCUGUUGCUGGGGAAAAUGGGCGAGAGAGGAGCCCCACUAGUCAACGUCUGUCAGUGCGUCAACGAAUGUGUCAUGAAAAUCACCAACACUGCUGUUUGGUAUUUUCCAUUUGGGAUCAUAUUCCUCGUAGCUGGAAAAAUCCUGGACAUGCAGGACCCAUCUAAUCUUGGGAAGAAGCUGGGCUGGUACACCAUCACUGUUCUGGCCGGGCUGUUUGUUCACGGCCUCAUCCUCCUCCCCUUCUUCUACCUUGUCCUGACUCAGAAAAACCCCUUCACUUAUAUCAGAGGCCUGCUACAAGCCUUGGUCAUAGCAUUGGCCACCUCCUCAAGUUCUGCCACUCUACCCAUCACUAUGAAGUGCUUGCUGGAGAACUGCAAUGUGGAUCGGCAGAUAGCACGCUUUGUGCUGCCUGUGGGGGCCACCAUCAACAUGGACGGAACGGCUCUUUAUGAGGCCGUGGCGGCCAUAUUUAUUGCCCAGGUCAACGAUUAUGAGCUGGACUUCGGCCAGCUGGUCACCAUUAGUAUAACAGCUACAGCUGCCAGCAUAGGUGCUGCUGGGAUUCCCCAGGCCGGCCUCGUUACCAUGGUCAUUGUCCUGACAUCAGUGGGUCUGCCACCUGAUGACAUCACCCUCAUUGUGGCCAUCGACUGGGUGCUGGACCGAUUCCGAACCAUGAUCAACGUGCUUGGAGACGCCCUGGCAGCAGGAAUCAUCGGCCACUUAUGUCGGAAAGACUUUCCUCGCGGUGGUACUUGCAAGUCGCAGCCUUCAUACGGCACACAGAACAAACACAACUUGCACGACAUGCAGAAUGGCAUGCCACUGACCGAGUUGCCUUUGCACAAGCAAGACUGUUGUUAUGAGGUGAUGGAAGACACAGUCAACGAGAGCCCCACUAUAUACUACAAUAUCUGUCAAGUUUAACUCCUGGGAACACGCUAACCUCAAAUGCUGGACAUUUUUGGAGCGAUUUUCCCCCACCUCUGCCAUGAAACAGUAUUAAACUGCUGUCAUCUACUCCUUUUUUUGUGACUUAACUUUAUGUGACUGAACAUUUUGUUCCACUUUGAUGGUGACACUGCAAAGGUCAAAUCAGUGUUUUCCACAAAUAUUUUUUUAAAUAUAUUUUUUAACAGUGAUGAGUUAGGAAUUGCCCCAUUCUACCACUACCAUCUUAUGUGGUAUUGACUAUGGCUAUUAACUCGGCUCAUCCAACAUCAAGUGGAUUCCCUGGAUGUUUUUAUUUGAUUUAUUAUUGUUCUCUACUGAACUGUUCCUCAUCAUGAUCCAUGUGUGUUUAUAACUACAUCCAUUUU